UCAGUAGGCACAACAGUGUUUGGUUAUUGGGAUGGGAGCGCCAGAAAAUUUUUUUGAUGUUCUUGGGAAAUGGAAUAUAACCAUAUUAAAUGUGCUCUUUAUUGCUUUGAGUUUUCUCAUGGUAUUUUUUGGAGCUUUAAUGGCAUUAAUGGAGGCUAAACUACCCAUCGGUGUUAAACAGUUCUUCCGCUAUGGCAAACACGCAUACAAUUCGAAAAAGAAAAACAAACUCAUGUCAAGCUUGGAAGUACCGAAAUCUUGGUUUUCCCAUUUCUAUAUCUUCGCUCUGAUCUUUUCGUGGUUUUCAUUGUUUUUGGUCGUGCAAGUGACGUUAUUUGGAAAAGCAUUACCAAAAUAUAUGGAAACAUUUCUAGACUAUGUUGCCGGAGGUCAAAGUCGAAAAGUGCUUAUCGACUCCAAUGCAUGUUUGAUUACCAUGACCCUUAUGUGUUUACAAUGUUCAAGGCGAUUCUACGAAACUAAUUUUGUGCAAAUUUUCUCUAAAAAGAAUAAAAUCAAUGUAGGCCAUUAUUUUGUGGGUUAUUUGCAUUACUUUGGGGCGAUACUUGCUGUUAUGGCUAAUGCUGAAGGUUUUUCCAGAGAAUCCUCAUCAUCUGAAGUAAAUUUUUCAAAAAUCUCUUUGGUACAAUACUUUGCCAUUGGUUUAUUCCUAUUCAGCUGGUGGUAUCAGUACCAGUCCAAUAUUAUUUUGGUUAAUUUGCGAACGGAUGGAAAAACUGGGAGAGUGGCGACCGAGAAACAUUUACUGCCAAAAGGCGGCUUUUUUGAAUUGGUAUCGUCUCCCCACAUGUUAUUCGAAAUUGGCUUGUAUGUUGCUCUGUUAGUGGGAUUCUUAUCACAAAGUAUUACAUGGUGGCUGGUCGUUUUUUGGGUUAUCAGCAAUCAGGUUUAUAAUGCUGUUUGCACUCAAUCUUGGUAUAAGGAAACAUUCAAGAACUACCCAAAACAUCGCAAAGCAAUUAUACCAUUUAUGUUGUACUCUGGUACUCUGCUAUUUGGUUAUCACCAAUUCGUAUGUAUGUAUGUGUAUCUGUUAACAGCGGUGAAAGCUGGUAUUUAUAUCCACAUUAAAAAACAGUUUUAUUUUAAUUCCGAUAGCUUACAAAACUUUGAAAAUUUUAAAUUAUUCAAUAUGAUCUUUGAUUAUUUUGAAUAUAUUCUUAAAAAUAAAAUAAAUUUAAUCCAUACAAUAUUCAUUGGGUUUACCAUUAUAAUUGUUGUGAAUGGCUCCCUUAUCAAUUUAAUGGAACCACUGUUGCCGGUCUUUAUAAGACAAUCAUUUCGUUAUGGAAAGCAUAAGCAUAUUGGUUCGAAGGAUGCCCUAGUUUCUAUGAUUGAAAUACCAAAAUCAUGGUUUAGUCACUUUUAUGUGUUUGCUUUCUCAUGGGCAUUAUGGGCCUUAUAUUUGGUGCUUAAAGGUAUCAUCAUGCACACAACUGCUCCAGAUUACGUUAUUCAAUUUUUGGACCUUGUUGGAGGUGGCACAGAAGCUCGAAAAGUUCUUAUAGAUUCCAAUACCGCUCUUAUAGCAGCUGUAUUAAUGACUCUGCAGUGUGCCCGUCGAUUUUACGAGACAAAUUUUGUACAGAUUUUUUCUAAGAAAAGUAAGAUUAAUCUAUCGCACUACAUUGUUGGUUAUUUACAUUAUUUUGGUGCAAUACUGGCAUUGCUGCUCAAUACCGAGGGUUUUGUAAAAGGUUCUAUGCCAUCCACGUUCAGCUUUAGGAAAAUCACUUUAUUCCAAUACGCUUGUCUCUUCCUGUUCCAUUUCAGUUGGUCUCAGCAAUACAAAUCAAAUAUGAUAUUGGUUAAUUUGCGCAAAGAUGCUAAGACUGGAAAAGUUGAAACUGAAAAGCAUCUGCUUCCCACUGGGGGCUUUUUUAAUAUUGUUUCAUCACCACACAUGUUAUUCGAAGUUCUUAUGUAUGCUGCAUUGCUAGGCAUAAUGGCGAACAGUUUCACCUGGAAGCUUAUCGUCAUAUGGGUUUGUAGCAAUCAGUUGAUGAAUGCUUUAUUAACACAUAAAUGGUACAAGGAAAAUUUUAAGAACUAUCCAAAACACCGUAAGGCUUUAAUACCAUUCAUUUUAUGAAUGGUAUUUCCUUUUGCAUGUUCAUGAGGCUUAGUAAUAUACAAGACAUUGCAUAGAACUAUGGCUAGUUCUAACUUAUAUGUAAUUGACUGUGCCAUAUUACUGUACUAAUGCAUAUCAUUCCUGCUGUUGCUUUAUAUUUAAGCAAAUAUUGUCGUAUAAAUAAAUAUUCCAAAAUCAUAUAUAAAUAU